CCUCUUUUUCCUCGACCGUUUUUCCUCUUCAGUUCCCCCUGUGCCUUUUCUCACUUCUCCUCUUCCCAAUACCCUUUUCAACAAUACUCCCAGUCCGCCCCGAAGCUGUUUUCCGAUGACCUAAACCCUUAGAAAGCCACUCUCACAAAAGGCUUUCUUUUGCUUUCUAUGUUACGUAAGAUUUUUUCAUUCUGAAGCGAUUUUCCGUUAUUAUUUUGGUGAGAAAGAGAUAUAAAAAAAAAGGGGGGGGAGGCGUUAUAAUCUUUGUAGAGAUGGGGUUUUGAAAUUUUGUGAUUUUGUCAACUCUUAUCCUACCCAUUUUUUACCGAAUUCCUCAUUAGCUGUCAGACCCCAAAACUUCCAAUUAUCUAAAAAUCCAAAGCCAAACCAAAGAAAGAGAAAAAAGAGGUAAAAGAUGAGUUUGAGUUCAGUUAGGGUUUCUGGAAAAUUUUCUACCACCACACCAUGAUGCUCAAAGCAAGCAACUUCACCGCUGCAGCUGUGAAGAGAAAAAAAAAGAUUGAUGUUUUUCUUCCUUGAUGAUCAAUUAGAAGUACUUAAGAAAGAGCGUAGCUUCCACAUAUUCUAGGGAUUUGUUAAGAUGUUUCAGUCCAACAUGUUUGAGAGUCACCAUAUGUUCGAUAUGACCCAUAAGACGUCGGAAAGUGACCUGGUUAAGGUCAGGGAUGAUGAUUAUGAGACCAGGUCAGGUACGGAGACCAUGGAAGCUCCCUCAGGCGACGACCAAGAUCCCAACCAACGCCAGAAGAAGAAGCGCUACCACCGCCAUACCCAGCGCCAAAUUCAGGAAAUGGAAGCAUUCUUCAAGGAGUGCCCUCACCCAGAUGAUAAGCAAAGAAAGGAGCUCAGCCGUGAGCUCGCGUUAGAGCCUUUGCAAGUCAAAUUUUGGUUCCAGAACAAGCGCACACAAAUGAAGGCUCAACAUGAACGACAUGAGAAUGCAAUACUCAAGGCUGAGAAUGAAAAACUACGGGCUGAAAACAACAGGUACAAGGAAGCUCUCAGCAAUGCAACAUGCCCUAGUUGUGGUGGUCCAGCUGCACUAGGAGAAAUGUCUUUUGAUGAACAGCACUUAAGAAUUGAGAAUGCUCGCCUAAGAGAAGAGGUUGAUAGGGUAUCUGGAAUAGCUGCUAAAUAUGUUGGGAAGCCAUUGUCUACCUUCACUAAUCUUUCUUCUCAUUUACAUUCCCGUUCCCUUGAUCUCGGGGUCAGCAACUUUGGGUCACAGUCAGGCUUUGUAGGAGAAAUGUAUGGAGCUGGAGAGAUUCUUAGGUCAGUCUCUGGACCUAGUGAAACUGAUAAGCCAAUGAUUGUUGAGCUUGCCGUUGCAGCCAUGGAGGAAUUGAUUAGAAUGGCUCAAGCUGGGGAACCAUUGUGGGUUCUCGGAGAGAACUCCACUGAUGUGCUGAAUGAAGAUGAAUACUUGAGGACUUUCCCUAGGGGAAUUGGACCAAGGCCUCUAGGCUUAAGAUCUGAAGCUUCAAAGGAAUCUGCUGUUGUGAUCAUGAAUCAUACUAAUCUCGUCGAGAUUCUCAUGGAUGUGAAUCAAUGGUCAAGUGUGUUUUGUGGAAUUGUUUCAAGAGCAAUGACUCUGGAGGUCCUAUCAACAGGAGUAGCAGGGAACUACAAUGGGGCUUUGCAAGUGAUGACAGCAGAGUUUCAGGUUCCUUCACCACUUGUUCCGACCCGUGAAAAUUACUUUGCAAGGUAUUGUAAGCAGCAUACAGAUGGGUCCUGGGCAGUAGUCGAUGUUUCUUUGGACAAUUUACGCCCUGCUCCAAUGUCAAAGUGUAGAAGGAGGCCCUCAGGCUGUUUAAUCCAAGAACUCCCAAAUGGUUACUCGAAGGUUAUAUGGGUUGAACAUGUAGAAGUGGAUGAUAGGGCUGUUCACAACAUAUACAGACCUCUGGUUAGUUCCGGCCUUGCUUUUGGAGCAAAACGUUGGGUUGCUACCUUGGAUCGACAAUGUGAACGUCUUGCGAGUUCAAUGGCCAGUAAUAUUCCAGCAGGAGAUCUCUGUGUGAUAACUAGCCCAGAAGGGAGGAAGAGUAUGUUGAAGUUGGCUGAGAGGAUGGUAACCAGCUUUUGCACCGGUGUGGGUGCUUCUACAGCACACGCCUGGACUACUUUAUCAGCAACAGGUUCUGAUGAUGUGAGGGUUAUGACCAGAAAGAGUAUGGAUGACCCCGGCAGGCCACCCGGGAUUGUGCUAAGUGCUGCAACUUCUUUCUGGAUUCCAGUCACACCAAGAAGGGCAUUUGAUUUCCUUCGGAAUGAGAACUCCCGAAAUGAGUGGGAUAUUCUGUCCAAUGGUGGCCUAGUUCAAGAAAUGGCUCACAUAGCCAAUGGUCGUGAUCCAGGCAACUGUGUGUCCUUGCUACGCGUAAACAGUGCAAAUUCAAGCCAAAGCAACAUGUUGAUACUACAGGAGAGCUGCACUGAUGCUACGGGGUCCUACGUGAUAUAUGCUCCAGUUGAUAUUGGUGCUAUGAAUGUGGUCUUGAGCGGUGGGGAUCCUGAUUAUGUUGCCCUCUUACCGUCAGGUUUUGCUAUACUUCCGGAUGGCCCAGGGCAAAGUGGAGGAGGAAUUCUUGACAUUGGCUCCGGUGGCUCUCUUCUCACAGUUGCAUUUCAGAUCUUAGUUGAUUCAAUACCAACAGCAAAACUCUCUCUUGGAUCAGUUGCCACGGUAAACAGUCUAAUAAAAUGCACGGUUGAGAGGAUCAAGGCUGCAGUUGUGUGUGAUAGUGCUUGACAACAACAGGCUAGCUAAUCUAUGGAAUGGAAGAAGAGUAAGAGAGAAAAAAAAAUGAAGAGAGAAAUGGUGUUUGCUUCAAGAGCAUAUAUAGGGAAGAAGUCAAGAACGCACCUUUCAUAGUCCUUGCUUGAUGGUGUUUGUUGAGAAAGGAAAGAAGGGACAAAUUUCAACCUGCAAGGGUAAUAGGUUCGGGUAUUGACUUUGCCAAUCAAAUUAAGAGCAAAUUUAACUCAAGACUUUUUAGAUAUAAAUGUUAGGAGAACUCAUCAUUUUGUGUUACUUGUGUUAAGACUAGCUAUAACUUAUCCUUAUCUUAGUUUGUCUAAUUCCUCUAUAUACUGUCUCAUUUUCGUGUCUUCUAAUUUUUUCAAGGCAUAAUUAGUUUAACUUACAUCCAUUAACGAACAUUGGUUAAUUU